GUGACCUCUCGGCUGCCCCGCGUCGGAGGCUUAGAUGGCUCAGGCGAAGAUCAACGCUAAAGCCAACGAGGGGCGCUUCUGCCGCUCCUCCUCCAUGGCCGACCGCUCCAGCCGCCUGCUGGAGAGCCUGGACCAGCUGGAGCUCAGGGUUGAAGCUUUGAGAGAAGCAGCAACUGCUGUUGAGCAAGAGAAAGAAAUCCUUCUGGAAAUGAUCCACAGUAUCCAAAAUAGCCAGGACAUGAGGCAGAUCAGUGACGGAGAAAGAGAAGAAUUAAAUCUGACUGCAAACCGUUUGAUGGGAAGAACUCUCACCGUUGAAGUGUCAGUAGAAACAAUUAGAAACCCCCAGCAGCAAGAAUCCCUAAAGCAUGCCACAAGGAUUAUUGAUGAGGUGGUCAAUAAGUUUCUGGAUGAUUUGGGAAAUGCCAAGAGUCAUUUAAUGUCGCUCUACAGUGCAUGUUCAUCUGAGGUGCCACAUGGGCCGGUUGAUCAGAAGUUUCAAUCCAUAGUAAUUGGCUGUGCUCUUGAAGAUCAGAAGAAAAUUAAGAGAAGAUUAGAGACUCUGCUUAGAAAUAUUGAAAACUCUGACAAGGCCAUCAAGCUAUUAGAGCAUUCUAAAGGAGCUGGUACCAAAACUCUGCAACAAAAUGCUGAAAGCAAAUUCAAUUAGUCUUCAAACCCAACAGCAUUUACACAAUACACAUGGUGUAAAAAUGAUAAAAUAUUAUUUUAAUUGAUAACUAGUUCUUUAUGUUAGAUAUAACCACUUAGUUGAUACUGACAGUUGUUUCAGAUGAGGAAAAUAUUCCAUCAAGUAUCUUCAGUUUUGUGAAUAACAAAACUAGCAAUAUUUUAAUUAUCUAUCUAGAGAUUUUUUAGAUUGAAUUCUCAUCUUGUACUAGGAUCUAGCAUAUUUCACUAUUCUGUGGAUGAAUACAGUUUGUGGGGGAAAACAAGUGUUCAGCUAGGGGCAAAAGCAUCACUGCUUUUUCCUGUGCUUUGGCGUGGAAUCACGCAGUCACCUUGGGCAUUUAGUUGACUAGAAAUUCUUUACCUUAAGCAGCACACACAUUUACUACACACACAGUGUUAACAAAGCACUGUGCUUAGAGGGAUAAAAAGGAAUCACAAAACAAGAAUCUUUCCAAAGUUGUCUCAUUCCGCAAUGUUAAGGCAUCUAUAUCAAAUUAUUUUGGAUGUAAAGAUUCCUGUGUCUCAUAAUAUGAAUGUAUUUUUUGAUAUACAAGAAACUAUGACAUAAAAUGUGAGAAAACCACCUAUAAUUUGCCACUGUGAACAAUUAUAUAUCUGCUUCAUCUUUUCUCAAAUGCAUCAAUUCUCUAGAAUUCCUAUAUUGUAACUUGCCUUUUUAAAAAAGUUAGAUGCUGAUAUAAAGCCUGCUUGUCAACUUAAUGAGCUCUAUUUUGUGUAGUUAUAUCUUUCUUUAUCCAUUCCCAUCUUACGGACAUUUAGGUUGCUUCCAG